AUGGAUUUCGAAAGUCCAGAUGUAGAAAAAGAAUUUCCUGGAUUAUAUGCAUCAGAAUCAGCUAAAAAAAGUAACGAGAGCGAUUUUAGUGAUGAAGGUGGACAUGAGAAACAUUCUAAAAAGGAACUCCUUGGUGGUAAACGAAAAGAAAAAAAAGAUCGAAAAGAUCGAGGAUAUGCCACUUUAGAAGGAGAAAGUUCACCUGAUGAAGAUCAGGAAACAAAAAGUCCUUCAAAAUCAAAAAAGACUAAAGCUUUCAAGUUUCCAUCAAAGAAAGAAAAACAUCGUAAAAAAGGAAAACACAAUGCAGAGGAUGGGUUAGAUAUUGGAGAGGGGCAACCAGUAUUUGGUGUUAGUCUGCAUUUAGCAGUGGAAAGAAGUCGUUGUCAUGAUGGCAUUGAUUUACCUUUAGUUGUGAGAGAUUGCAUUGACUUUAUAGAAGAACAUGGAAUGAAUAUAGAAGGUCUAUAUAAAGUUCCAGGAGUGAAAUCAAAAGUUCAGCAUUUAAAAAAGGAACUGCCAGAGCCAGUCUUAGAAAGCAGUGAAAUGAUAUCUAGAUUUGAACAAGCAGCAUCUACAAAAGAUGUUGCUCAAAGAGAAGCACAAUUAUUACAUUUAACUCAGCAGCUUCCUAAAUGUAAUAAUGUUCUUUUAGCAUGGAUUAUAUUACAUUUAGAUCAUGUCACAAUACGAGAAAAAACUACUAAAAUGAAUGCUCAAACCAUUUCAAUGACAUUAAGUCCCGUAUUACAAAUGAGUCAUAGAUUAUUAUUAGCUUUAUUGUUUCAUUGCAAAGCUCUUUUUCCAAAUGUAAAAUUAACGAAAUAUGUGCCGCCACUUUCAUCUGGUAGUAUUAAUCUUCCAGAUUCUGUAGAAAGCAUAGCAGCUGAAUUAUCUAAGCAAGAAUCAUUACUUUCGCAAAUACACAUGCAAAUGAAUGCAGGUUUUGUUACAAAAUUACGCGAAGAACAAUUAUGGGAAGUGCAACGUAUGAUAACGCAAUUGAAGAGAAAAUAUAAAACGGUUCAAAAGAUGGAAGGUGCGCAAAAAAGUUUAGAUGAAGAAGUAAAAUCAAAUGAUGAAAUUGCAGUAGAAUUAAAUAUACAAAAAACAAAAACAGAAGAAGAAGAUAUAGACUAUGCAAAACCGGAAACUCAAUCAAUAUCUACAUUAACAUUGAAAAAGGAUAGUAAAGCACAUAUUCUAGAAGACAAUAAAGAAUCAACCAAUAUAACCAAUAUAAAUAUUAUUCAAAAUGAACGAAAUGCACAUGAUAAAGAUAUUGUUGAUUCUACCGAGAUAUCUACAAUUAUACCACAAUUUAAUGAACAAGAAAAUAUUUCAUCCUUUCAGCAAUAG